AUGGUAACACCUGAAUUUAAACGCGUUGAACGCUACAUCUGGGGAUUGGCCCCGGAAUUUCGCAGUUUAGUACCUUCGGCCAAGCCCGCAACAAUCACUGAGGCUGUGACUCUUGCUGUCAGCCUUACUGAAGAUGCGGUUCGUAUGAAGAAGCUAUCGCUGAACCCAACAGAAAAGACCGAGACGCAUGCUGAGUCGUCUGGUGACAAGAAGAGGAAGCAUUCAAAUCUGAGCCAAGCAACCCGCAGCAACAACAAGGGUUCGAACAAGAAGAAGCGUGACACUAACCCACCUAGGGAGGCAAAAACCUUCACAGCUGCAAAUGAGUCUGGAGCUAAGAAAUAUCAGGGCACUCUGCCCAAGUGUAACCGCUGUGGCUUUCACCAUGUGGGAAAUUGUCGCGUUGGGAAGUGCGAAAACUGCGGAAAGUCAGGCCACCGUACCGAGGAUUGUUGGGGUAAAGGUAUUAGAGGCCGCAAUGGUAAUGGUAAUAGGAACGGGAAUGGAAACCGUAACGGUGCUGGUAAUGGGAACGAGGGUGGAAAUGGAAAUGGCAAUGAUAACCAGAUUAAAGCUAGGUUUUCUGAUCCUGAUGCUACGGAGAGCCAGGAUACAAUCCAGAACCUGUGA